GCAUGUCGCCGUGCAUGGCGCUAUACGGAACUGCAGCGUUUCGGUCCGCCGCGCAUCAGAGCUCCAUUCAAACCUGCAGCCAAAGGGGAAGCACACUCUGCAUGCAGCCGGUGGGGAAAGACGACCAUUAAAAGAGAAAGCUGCAUUGUGGGAACAUAAGGAAGGGAGGAGUGGAGAGAAGCGGACACACCCUGCUUUUCUCGGUCACGCCACUCGGUCCGCCGUUCAUCCACUGUUUAGAAGCUGCUGGAACCGGGCUGGGGGCGGGCAGGAGCACGUCACUCCGCAGCUGGUAACCCGGGAGUGUUGAAGCCUCCGUAGCUUAAUGUGGAAAAUUCUACGACAGCUGCGAUGUUCAGCAGGAAAAAGGCUCGAGAUGGAGAGCGAGAAAAAGAGACGGAGCGAGGGAACAAAACGAGUGUGCCAUCGCCAGCGCCACUUCGUGGUGGCGUGAGACCAGCAUCAGGGAGAGAGGAGACGCAGACACCUCCUCCUGAAGCUCAAUGUCCAUCAGAGAUCAGACUGGUGCUGCUGGGGAGGAAGGGGGCGGGGAAAAGUUCUGCGGGAAAUACCAUCCUGGGUAUCAAGGAGGGGGGGUUCACCUGCGGCAGCCCAACGGAGGUGUGCAUGGAGAGGCGGGCCGAUGUGGCUGGAAGACGCGUAGUCAUCGUUGACACCCCCGGGUGGGAGUGGUAUUACCCUCUCAACGGCACGCCCGAUUGGGUGAAAUGGGAGACGGUGCGGAGCGUGACCCUUUCCCCCCCUGGACCCCACGCCCUGCUGUUGGUGGUUCGAGCCUGCGCUUCGAUGGAUGGAAUGUACCUGAAGGCGAUCCAGGAGCACAUGGAGCUCCUCGGGGAGGGGGUCUGGAAGCACACCCUGGUGCUCUUCACCCAGGACGACAAUCCGGAUGACUCCACCAUAGAAGGCAGGAUCCGUAAGGGCGGGGCGGACUUCCAGCUCCUGGUGGAGAAAUGCGGGAACAGGUGGCACGUCCUCAACAGCAAGGCCAGGGGACGCGACACCACCCAGGUGGUGGAGCUGCUGCGGAAGGUGGAGCAAAUGGUGGCUGCAAAUGGUGGCGCUCCUCUGGAGAUGGAGCAGGUCCAUCAGCGCCUGGAGCAGGAGGACAGGGGGUGGCGCCCUCGAGAGGAGAGGCGGAACCAGAGGCUACUAGAAGUGAGGAAGCUGGGAGAAUCCUUGCAAGAGAUAUUUGCUGGCGAUGGGUCUCAUGUUACCUGGAGAGAGGCGGUAGAGGAACGCUGGCCCCCAGGGCGUGGCCGCCGCCUCCCGGACUUGCGGGUGGUGCUGCUGGGCGAGCGGGAGACCGGAAAGACCUUGGCGGGAAACGCCAUCUUGGGCGGAGUUUCAUUCCAGGCCGGGAGGGUUACAGAGGAGUGCCUCAGCGCACAGGGUGAGGUGGCGGGACGUUGGGUCACCGUAGUGGACACACCCGGCUGGGAGAGCACGAGGACCCCCGAGAGGGUCCGGCACGAGAUCCGGAGGAGCGUGACUCUGUGCCCGCCCGGACCCCACGCCCUCCUACUGGUCGUAGGCGUGGACUCCGACAUCACCGUGCCGGCAGCGACGGAGCACCUGGGGCUUCUGGGUGAGGAGGCCUGGAGGUACGCCCUGGUCCUGUUUACGGGCAAGGACAAACUGAGGCGGGGCGUCACCAUCGAGCAGCACGUCCAGAGUUCGGGGAAAGCCAGCCAGCUCGUGAAGAGGUGCGAGGGCAGGUACCAUGUCAUCAGCGGCAUGGAGCCAGGUAACACCGCGCAGGUGACCAGGCUUCUGGAAAAGGUGGAAGAUCUGGUGGCGGGAAAUGGCGGUCAGCCAUUUACGCCUCUGACGCAGGAGAUAAGAGAACUGGUGAGAAAGAAGGACGAGAGAUGUAAGGAUGUGACGGAAAUGAAAAGGAAAAGCAGGUGGAGUUUUGAGAGGAAACCCAAGGAAAGGGACAAAAUGGAGGGAAAGCCAGAGAUGGGGAGAGAGGAAGAGGAGGAGAGAAGGCAGACAGAGAUGAGGAAGCUUCUAGACAAAGGAUUAAAGAUGGAGAUACAGGAAGCGAAAGAGAAAAACGACAGAAUCGUGGCAAUUCUUGACCAGGAGUACAAGCUAAGAGAGGGGUAUAUCAAGGUUGAAAAUGAGCUAAAAAUAGAAGAGAAAGAGAUGGAGAUCAAAGCACUGAAAGAGAAAAAUGAAGAGAUAGAGAUGAAAAGAUUGACUGUUGAAAGAGAGAUAAGUCAAGAGAGACAGAAGUGGGAGGAGGAAAGGGAAAAUAUGCACCAGAACAGUACAAAAGAAAGAGAGGAGCUAGAAAAAAAGAUUGAGGAGGAAAAGUUUGCUAAUGGAAAGCUAAUGGAAAGAACAGCAGCAACAGAAAAAGAAAUGGAAAAGUUCAGAGGAUUGAGUCAGAGACUUGCUAACACUGAAGAAGAAUUGAGAAAAAUAAUUCAGAAUACAAAUACAGAAAUAGUGAAUAAAAAUACAGAAAUAGUGGAGCUGAAUAAACUGAACCAAGAGAAAACAAAAGAGUUGCAGAAAAGAGAAGCAGAAAUCAAAGAAAAGAUUCAGAAGCAUGACCUUGAAACAGAAGAACUAAAACACAGGAAUGCAACGAAAGAGAGAGAAUUCUGCAACUUGCAGCAAAUGUAUAAGGAAAAAGAGAGGGAAGUGGAGGAAUUACAACACAGACUUCAGGAGAGAGAGCAACACACUGAGGUUCUGAAGCAGGACUUUGAAAAGAAGCAGCAACAGAGAGAAGAGGUGUGGAGAGUGGAAAAUGAGAAGAUGAAGAAUCAGGUGAAGGAGACAACAGAGAUGUAUGAGAAGAAAAGAAAAGGGAGAGAGCAAGAGAUUGGAGAGCUGAGGAAAAAUUAUGAGGAGAAAAUGAGAGAAAUUAACACAAAAAAUGAGGGAAAACUAAGAGAGCAAGAAAAAGAGAUCCGAAAUAUAGAAGGGGUGCUCAGGGAAAAAGACAAGAAGAUGGAAGACAUAAAACAGCAUUAUGAAGAGGAAUUGAGGAAGACACAGUUGGAGAUAAAACUGAAGAAUGAGGAGAAAGAGAGUGAGGAAGAGAGAAGCAGACAGAUUUUGACAGAAAGAGAAGCUCAGCUUGAGCUGAAUGAUCAAAGAAUUUCAGAGCUGAUGGAUCAAGCACAGGAAAAUGAAAAAAGAGCAAAAGUGACAGAAAAGAGACUGAAGGAUGAACUGAGGAAGAAAGCGGAGGAGCUGGAGGAGAAAAUGAAGGAGAAGGAGAAGGAGGUAGAGGAAAUGAGAGCGAAGUAUGAACACAGUGAAAGCCAAAGAGCAAAGCUAGAGGUCAUGAUUGAGCAGCUAAAGACUGAGUCAGCAGAACUGGUGGAAAGAAUUCACAUAACUGUGAAAGAGAGGGAUGAGAUUAAAGAGCAGCAUGGAAAGAAAGAGCUACAGAUGGAGGAAGAUGUGAUGGGAGUGGUCAGAGGAAAAGACAAGGAGUUAAAAGACAUGAAGAUGCAAAUGAAUGAAUUACAGAGGAAAUAUGAUGAGAAAGAGAGAGAAAUUGACAAAAUGAGACACAUUGUUGAAGAAAAGGAGGAGAAAAUAUCAGCUUCUCUGCAGAAAUAUGAGGAGGAACAAAAACAGAGAGAAGAGGAAUGGAAAGAGAAAUAUGAAAAGAUGCAGGAGGAGAUGGAGGAGGUAAAACAGAUGGAUGAAGAGAAAAGGAAAGUAAGAGAGACAGAGAUAGACUCAGUUCUGGAGGAGAAAGAAACAAUGAUUAAUGAACUAAAACAAAAGAAUGAAGAGAGCGAGAGAAACUUGGUUUGCCUUGAAGAAAGUUAUGAGAACUUUCGUCUGGAGAGAGAUGGAAAGAUUGAGGAGAUGAAAAAGAGGUGUGAGGACUACAGGAAAGAAAAAGAGGAGCAGAGAAAGAGGGCUGAGACGACAGAAAUGGAGAUGGAGCGUAGAAAUGACAUGCAGGAGAGAUAUAUCGAAGAAAUGAAAGAAAGAAAUGAGAAGAAAGACAAAGAGAUGGAAAUCAUAAAGCAGCAUUAUGAAGAGGAACUGAGUAAGAUACAGUUGGAGAUGAAACUGAAGGAUGAGGAGAAAGAGAGGGAGGCAGAGAGAAGCAGACAGAUUUUGACAGAAAGAGAAGCUCAGCUUGAGCUGAAUGAUCAAAGGAUUUCAGAGCUGAUGGAUCAAGCACAGGAAAAUGAAAAAAGAGCAAAAGUGACAGAAAAGAGACUGAAGGAUGAACUGAGGAAGAAAGCGGAGGAGCUGGAAGAGAAAAUGAAGGAGAAGGAGAAGGAGGUAGAGGAAAUGAGAGAGAGGUAUGAGCACAGUGAAAGCCAAAGGGCAAAGCUAGAGGUCAUGAUUGAGCAGCUAAAGACUGAGUCAGCAGAACUGGUGGAAAGAAUUCACAUAACUGUGAAAGAGAGGGAUGAGAUUAAAGAGCAGCAUGGAAAGAAAGAGCUACAGACGGACGAAGAUGUGAUGGGAGUGGUCAGAGAAAAAGACAAGGAGUUAAAAGACAUGAAGAUGGAAAUGAAUGAAUUACAGAAGAAAAAUGAUGAGAAAGGGAGGGAAAUCGACAAACUGAGACAUAUUAUCGAGGAAAAGAAGAAGGAAAUCACGGCUUCUCUGCAGAAAUAUGAGGAAGACCAAAAACAGAGGGAAGAGGAAUGGAAAGAGAAAUAUGAAAAGAUGCAGGAGGAGAUGGAGGAGGUAAAACAGCUGGAUGAGCAAAAAAGGAGGGUGAGAGAGGAGAUGGACUCGGUCCUGGAGGGGAAAGAAAAAUUGAUUAAUGAACUAAAACAAAAGAAUGAAGAGAGUGAGAGAAAUUUGGUUUGCCUUAGAGAGGAGUAUGAGACACUGAAGGUAAACCAGAUUUAUGAGGAGAAACUGAAGGUGAUGGAGACAGAUAUGGAGGUAAAAGAAAGACAUCUUAAUGAACUAAAACAGAAGUAUGAUGGUAGUGAGAAGCACUUGGCUUCCAUUACAGAGGAGUACGAUGACGCUCAGGAGCAAAUAGAGAAGCUAGAGGGACUGAUCUCUCUAAGAGAGGCUGAGCUGAGAGAGACCAAAGAGAGGUGUGAGGAAUACAAGAAGGAACUAGAAGAGCUGCAAGGGGCCAUUUCUCAGAAAGAGCGGGAAGUUGACCAGAACUACCUGAAUUACCUGGAGGAGUUGAAGAACAAGGAAGGAGUAAUAACACGGAUAGAUGGAGUGGACAAUGAGAGGGCGGGAAGAAACAAACAACUUCUGGAGGAAACAGCAAGACAGAGGGAUGCAGAGAUUAAGCAAAUUCCCAAGCCAAAGGAAAAAGAAUUUGUAGAGAAGGAAUUACACUAUAAAGGAGAAUUAAAAAUCAAAGAGGAAGAGCUGAUGGUGAUGGUUUCAGAGAGAGAGGCUGUGAUUCAGGAAUUAAAAAGGACCUGUGAAAAGAAAGAGAGGGAGAUUAAGGAGAUGGUAAAAACCCAUGAAAUGGAGCUAAACCAGAAAGAGUCUGAAUUUUACCACAAGCUCAAAGUGACUGAGGAUCAGCUCAAAGAGCUACAACUGAGGUACAUGGGGAAAGAACCGAAAAUGGCAGACAUGGAAAAAAUGCACAACAAUGCAAAAAAAGGAGCGGAGGAAUUCUGCACGAUGUAUCCGGAGGUCGGGGUGGACAUCAGGGAAAGAGAAGAAGACAAUAAAGAGGACAUCACUCUGAAUUAUGUGAAAGAGGACGAAAUCUCACAAAUUCGGACAGACAUGAAUAAAGUUGUCCAGCAUAAGAACAAACACAGCAUAACAACCAUACAUGAAGAAGAAGAGAACAAAGUCAAAGCCAGUCAAGGCAACACUACAGUAUUACAUAUAAAAGCAGGUGAUACAGAGGAGGGGGUAGCAGGGGUUGUAAAAGAGAAGCAGGAGAUAAGAGAAGAUGAUUCUGAUCCCAGUGAGAGGGAAGGACAGGGUGAAGUCAUCAAACAGAAGAACGAAGAGCAGGAGAAAGAGGUUGACAAGCCCAAAUGGAAGAAAGAGAGACACAGAGCAAAGGAAGGGUCGAAAGGGAAGAAUCUCAACCAUUGCGGAGACAAUGAGAGAGUCAAUGACCUCUUGCCGACCGAGGAGAUGAGAGAGAGGAGGAUUUCCAAAAGAGAGAGAAAGGACGCUCAGAAGGAGAGGAGGACACAGAAUGCUGUGACUGGGCAGAGAGCUGGUUGUAAGGAAAGAAGCUUCCAGAAACAGGCGAAGGAGAUAAGAGGGAGUGGGGAACUGAGAAAGGAGACAGAGCUUAAUGUGCCAAAACCAUUUCAAAGGCUGAGCCCUAAUAAACCAGCUGGCGUGAUGGCUGAAGGUAGCCCUGAACAGCCUCCCAGUACAGUUUCCCCAACAUUCCCACUGUCUCCAGGGUCUCCCAGUCAGGUUUAUACAGCAUUCCCAUCAUUCCCAGAGUAUCCCGGUCUGUCUGAGCUGAGGCUGGUUCUGCUGGGAGAGAGCUGGGCCUCUAACAGCUCGGCCGGAAACAGCAUCCUGGGAGAAAUGGAGGCCGUGGCAGAGGAGGGCGCGGUGAGGCGGGGCCAGGCGGCGGGGAGGCGGGUCUCUCUCGUGGAAGUGACAGGGUCGAGGUGGCACCUCGGGGGCGAGGCCGCGGGCGACGCCCUGCGCGAAGCGGCCCAGUGCUCGCCGGGCCCCCACGCCUUCCUCCUGGUCAUCCCGGCGUACCUCUCCUUCACGGCCAGCUACGGCCGGGCGGUGAGGCGUCACAUGGCCGCGCUCGGCGAGCGGGCGUGGCGGCACACGCUGGUGCUGUUCACCUGGGCGGAGGCUCUGGGGGAGAGCGUCGAGCAGCACGUUCUGAGGAGCGAGGGCCUCCGCAGGCUGGUGCACAGGUGCGGGAACAGGUACCACACCCUGCACAGCUGGAGGAACGCCGGUCAGGUCUCCCUGCUGCUGGAGAAGGUGGAGGAGAUGGUGGCGGAAAACCGGGGCGGGUUCUACUGCUGGGGGGCGUCAGAGGAAGAGGAGGUUAAGGAUGAGGAGGAGGUGGAGCUAGAGGAGGAGGAGGAGGAGGAGGAGGAGGAGGCAGAAGGAAGAGUUGAGCUAGAGAAGCUCACAGAAGCAGACAGGACAGCUGGAGAAAGGAAGGAAUGGAGUGAGACAAAAUGGCAAGAAAAGAAAAGCAAUGGUGAGGAGGAAACAAGAGAGACAAAUGAGUAUAGGAUUGUGGAGAGACUCGAUGAAUUUUCUGAUUCAAGCAUUGAAAGAGUACAGGAAAUGGAGCUAGAGGAAAAGAUGAGGGACCAAGAGGAGGACCAAGUGUUGUUCUGCAUUCCACCCACAGAGCCACAGACACCAGUGCAGAACCAUAGACCAUCCUGCUCUUUACUUUGAUCUGUAAUAGACACAUGCAAUAAGUUAAAGGGAGCUCAGCUCAAGUUAAUUUGAGUUUCAGAAUUAUUCAUCAAUAGAAUGAAAAUCUAUUUCUGGUCUUAUUGGUUCAUUGGUUCCUUUUGAUACAGUUCUCCAUGAUACUAUGCUCAGCACAUUUUAAAGCUCUUUAACGUGUUCCAUGAACUACUAGUUAGUUUUUUCUGUGUGCCUUUCUUAUUGUUGCCAAAGAAUAGUUUGUUAUAACCAAUGAUUAUUUAUUGUAAAUAUGAAAUAUUUUUAUUUUGUAAAUAUGAAAAAAAUAAUUUUGUGAAGGCUUUAUUGAGAGAUUCUAUUCACAGAUAUGUUGUUGCCCUUUGAAUGUGAUCAUUGUGAAAUAAAAAGCUAACAAUUACCAUCUCA